AUGAUAUCAAAGUUUGGGUUACCUUGGCACUUUGUUUGUCAUUAUCUACCUAAAGAUGAUGAUUUCGAACAUGAUCAAAUAGAAUUAGAAAGAAGAAGUAGAGUGAUUAGUCAAUACUGCAGUCAUCGUAAUGCAACAUUGGAUACACUUGAACGUCUAGUAGAAUGGUGUCAAGGGGUUGACUUUAAUUGGUAUAUCUUGGAAAGACAAUAUAAUAUAAGCAAUCAAGAGAUAUUAGAGUAUCUCAUCAAGAGAUGUCCUUCUACAGAGAAUCGCUUUCUUAAUAGUUCAAUGAAGGUGGCUUGCAAAUAUGGUUAUCAAUCGACUGUUAAGUUGAUAUGCUCUAUCAAAGGUGUACAGCUAGACAAGAAAGCAAUGAACGCUGCUUGUACAAGAAUGGAUUCAUUAUCAGAGGGAUGUACUACAUAUGCAUUGGAUAUGGCAGCAAAACAUGGUAAUUUGGAUAUUGUAAAGUUUCUUCAUUUUAAUAGAACUGAAGGAUGUUCAAAGAAUGCAAUGCAUGGUGCCGCAAAAAAUGGUCAUUUAAAGAUGAUUCAGUUCUUACAUGAACAUCGUCAAGAAGAGCAUCGUAGUGAAGGUGCAACUACUGAUGCUAUGGAUUGGGCAGCUAAAAAUGGACACAUUGAUGUUGUAAAGUACCUUUCCGAGCAUCGUAGUGAAGGUGCAACAAAAAGGCAAUGGAUAAGGCCGCCGAAAAUUGACAUUGUCAAGAUAGAAUGUCGAAUAGAUACUUUAAAAGCGGCAAUCUUUGGAGGUAAAUUGGAUAGUUUCUAUUUCAUUUACGACCAAGUGUCCAUGGUACCAUCGAGAGUAUGGCCCGAAAUUGAUCAACAUCAUAGUGAAGGUGCAACAACCAGUGCUAUUGAUCAGGCAUCUGGAAAUGGCCACAUUGAAAUUGUUAAAUACCUUUCAGAGCAUCGUAGUGAAGGUGCAACUACCAAGGCUAUGGAUGAAGCAUCGGUGGUGGUCACUUGGAUGUAG